AUGUUGUGUUUCGUCAAUUUGUUCUUGUUUAUCCGAUAUACUGAGGAAAACUUGGAGUGCAGCAAGUUAUCGUCCAAUUCGUGCUGCGUCAACCAAUACCUCAAUGAAGUCAACAACAGCUGUAUUGAGUGUCCUUACGGACGCUUUGGCUGGAAUUGUAAAUCAUCUUGUCCUUCUGGGUAUUAUGGACGUCUGUGUAAAUCUUCCUGCGAGUGUGACGCCUUGGAGUGCCAUCACGCGACUGGCUGUACUACGACCAUUGGAACAACAAAUGUUCAACCAGGAGAAGGAUUAGAAAUAGAGCCUGCAGUUAACCUCUUCAUGAAUAUACUGACUACUAACGCUAAACAAAAGCAUACGCAAGGUAAACUUAAUGUUAUAAAGGGAAGGCUUUUAGUCUAUAUAUGCUGUGAAGAUAGAUACAUUUUAUUAAAGUUUGAUCGGAGACAGUAAUAAUACACAUCAGUACAUAAACAGCAAGACAAAUCUCGCUUAGUUAUAAGAAUAUACCUCAUAAAUAUUGAUUUUUACUAGAAUAUAAUAUAAAGAGUGGGCUUGAUUAUUUUAAACAUUCGUAUUUUAUUUAUUAAAUUUAUCAAGACUAAGUGAUUUAACGCUCAAGUGUCAACUAAAUGUUUGAUUGAGUAAAACAGAGCAAUUUUAAUUGUUAUCCAAUUUAACAAGUGAGAUUAGAUUACACAAAAACACUGUUAAUUCGCAUGAUGAGUUGAUGUUACUUAGAUAACAGAUGAAAUCGAGUUAACCAGAGGUAAUAUUUACAUUGAAAAGGUGAGUAAAACAUUCGUGAAUUACAUUAUUGCCGAUCAGCAGCUUGUAGAAAAAAAGAAAACAUUUAAUUCUUUGAUACAUAUGAAGCCUAGAUAACGAAGUU